AAUAAGUGCGUAAUGUAAAAGCAUGAAGAAACGCAUUUGGUUAGUAUGGCACUCCCCAUUAGGUGUCCUCGUUGACUUGAUUUAGGUUAUAAUACCUGACAAUCCAAAUAUGUGAGUUUUACGACACAUUUGCUUAUUUCAGGUAUUUCGGCUAUAUAGGUUAACAUCAGUAAAUCUGCAGCACUCAAGUGAAUGAAUGAAUGAAUUAGCAAUUCAGUCAUGCAGUAGCCUACUGAAGAGAAAAAAAGUACAACAGCGAUAAUCAAACGCAGUCAUGCAAUUCAUAGCCUGAGCAUAAAAUAAAGAUUUAAUUAAAAGCAUGGAUCAUGAAUCGUUCAAGUUUAAUAGUAGAGAGCGCAGCGCGCACGUGCACUGAGCUCCACUGGGACUCAAUGUUUGUCUCUCUUUUCUUUUUUUCUUUCUUUUUUUUUUUUUUUAGCGCAGACUCUAAAACCGGACCUACUGAGUCAUUUCUCAAGCCCCUCGGGGUCUGGCUCGACGCAUCUCGGUGUGAAGUGUGUUUGUCAUGUCACUCGGCGCCGGGUCUCACCGAUCUCGACGCGCGUUCGUCGCGUUGAGCGCAUCCCGAAGGAAUAACACCUUCAUUUCGACAGGAUAAAGGUGCGCGCGAGUCAUUCACCGAGGACGCUCACCAAACAAGUUAUCUUUCAUGUUAAUUCAAACAAAUCGCUUUUUUUUUUACGGAGAAGACGGUUCAUAAAACAAACAGUGCAACGUUAUUCGUAUAUAACAGCAAACAGAAGCGCUUCAGUGUCAUCUAACAGAAAUGCAGGAACAGGUUAUUCCCCAUUGCACUCUGAAACGUGUCUCAGUCUCUUAUGAUGUAAGGACAUGAUAUCUACUAGAUAUACAAGUGAACACUGGAUGGAUGAGUAAAGACUUUGUUUGGAUGGAUGCAGGAUCAAUGAUAUGCUACUAUGAUAUAAUUAUGUUUUUCUGAAUGGCAUACCAGUAUAACUGAACCUGAAGGAGUUUAGUGGAUGCAAUGGAAUAUGAACUGGAAAUAUGAACUUUGGUGUGAAAAAUGCCCUUACUUGAGAUGUGACUCAAACACUUCACGUCUAGUCCUCAUGAUGCAGUGAGAUAUUAGAUGGCAGUGAUGGAUUUGAACUUGACGACGGUCAUUGACAGCGGCUUGGUGGAAAGCGACCGCUCCACGCGGGUUCUGACUGGUUGCUUUCUGUCCGUUCUAAUCCUCUCCACUUUGCUCGGGAACACACUGGUUUGUGCAGCUGUCACAAAGUUUCGCCACCUGCGCUCUAAAGUUACAAACUUUUUUGUCAUCUCGCUGGCUGUGUCAGAUCUGCUGGUGGCCAUUCUGGUCAUGCCCUGGAAGGCCGUGACAGAGGUUGCAGGCUUCUGGCCCUUUGGAGCGUUUUGUGACAUUUGGGUGGCUUUCGAUAUCAUGUGCUCCACGGCGUCCAUCCUGAACCUGUGCGUUAUUAGUGUGGACCGAUACUGGGCCAUUUCCAGCCCGUUCCGCUAUGAGAGGAAGAUGACUCCCAGAGUGGCCUUUGUGAUGAUCAGCGUGGCUUGGACUCUGUCCGUUCUUAUCUCCUUCAUCCCGGUGCAGCUCAAAUGGCACAAGGCUCAGCCGAUAGGCUUUCCGGAGGUCAAUGCAUCUCGCAGGGCUCUGCUGACGGACAACUGCGACUCCAGCCUCAACCGAACGUACGCCAUUUCGUCCUCGCUCAUCAGCUUCUACAUUCCCGUCGCCAUCAUGAUUGUAACGUACACUCAGAUUUACCGGAUCGCCCAGAAGCAGAUCCGACGGAUCUCGGCUCUGGAAAGGGCAGCAGAGAGCGCCAAGAUCCGCCAUGACAGCAUGGGCAGCAGCUCCAACGUGGACUCGGAGAGCUCCUUCAAACUGUCCUUCAAAAGAGAGACGAAAGUCUUAAAAACGCUGUCUGUUAUAAUGGGGGUUUUCGUGUGCUGCUGGUUGCCCUUCUUCAUCCUGAACUGCAUGGUGCCGUUUUGUAAGCGCACAUCGGCCGGUCUCCCCUGCAUCAGUCCAACAACAUUUGAUGUUUUUGUCUGGUUUGGAUGGGCCAAUUCUUCUCUCAACCCCAUCAUAUACGCCUUCAACGCCGACUUUCGCCGAGCCUUUGUCAUCCUUUUGGGAUGCCAGAGAUUCUGUCCGGGAAGCAUUAGCAUGGAGACACCCAGCCUGAAUAAGAACUGAAAAGCAAUGUCACACCAAUCCUUUGCCAAGGAAGGCAGGGGGGAAAAGAUUCAGGAUGAAGACUCUGGGAAGAGAGCCCUCCCGCUGUGCUGGAGAGCAGGGGACGCGGUUGCGACGUCCCUUAAGCGAGGCUAAUCUCUAUAAAAAGCUAUACUUCCCCAAAGAAUGACACAAGGGUGGUCUGUGCGUUCCCAGUGUCUUUUACAGACAAUUAACAGAUUAUUGAAUCCACAAGUGACUUGCAAUGUUUUAUCAGAGGAAAUGUAGAUGUUUAUUUGAAGUUUUUUUUUUUUUUUUUAUUGCAAAGAAGCUGUACAGUUAUAAUGUUAAAGUGCUGGGCAAAACUGCAAUACAGUGGAACAAACGUUGUGUAUUCACUGCAAAUGAGUGGUGAAUAUGUUCAUCAUUCCAUAAAUAUAAGAAAUAUCACUGAAUAAAUGACCAUUUUAGUAAUUUCCAAUAAAAUUCAGUGUAAUCUGAUUCUAAUACGUCGCUGCUUGAUAAAUAUCUAUCUCAUCCUCUCCACUCUCAUUACAUUUCCUUUACGUCUUGCCUUAUUCAUGAGACUUCACAUUUUUUUUCCAAAACAAGAGGGCAGAUGGUCAAUCAUGAGAUGGCCAUCCCAUUAUUGCCAUAAUGAACAUGUAUAUUGUUCUGUGGUACUUGUUCUCUUCAAAGCCUAUGAUUCAUUAUUAAACUGUGAAAGCUAAACACCACGACUAGCAGAACAGAUGGCCGUAAAAUAAAAAUGCAGAUGUGGCAGAGCGCUCAUUUACGGUCAUCAAGUAAUAGAUACGUUAUUGUUGAGAUUGUAAUUAUGUUCUGAAAGCAUAUGGGAUCCUCGGUCCCGGUACAAAAUAACACUGGAUGUGAUGCAAUGUGUCAUGUGAUAAUGUGGAAAAUGAAACAUCGAGAACCUCAGAACGUGUGCGGCGAACUGAAUGUAAUUAAUUGCGAUGAGUCUAAUUAUGUGGUCGGUUUUAUGGUACUUUUGUGCUUUUGCAACACAUCAUUUGGUGCUGUUACUUGUAUUUCAAAGUACUGCAUUUAUUGUGGUGUUUAUUGUGGAGAGACACUGAUUCAGUGAUGUAGCAUUACAAUGUUGAAGUAGAAUUAAGUGAUGUUUAACUUAUUUGGCAACUGAUGAGAAAGUAUAAAAUGUAAAGCAAACAUCAUGGUGUUAGAGUUCUUAACACAAAUUAAAAUGUGUUUGUUCUUUCUUUGUGAACAUUGUGUUUGUUAAGCUAUGCAAAACCUGCUCUAAAAAAUUCAUCUCUGAUUUAAUAAUUCCUCAGCACUCCAGCUCGUAUUCUUCACUUGAUGAAACUUGAAUAGGAAACAAUAACAGACGGCAGGAACCGUGGCUC